AUGGGACCAGAGCAAAGACAGAACAAGGAGCUGGAGCUUCACUGGCCCAGAGGUCCCACCAUAGGCUGCACCACAGGUCAUCGAUCUGUAAAUCGUGUGGGCUUUGUCUUGUUCCCUCUUCCCACGGCGCCUGGCACACACAAAGCACCAGACAAACAACAGCAUUGCCAUGGAAAUGCUCCCAGCCGGUGCACAGAUCGCUGGAAUUCGCCGGAGGAGCCGCUGACGGAUCCUUGUGCUGGAACCCAGCCUGAAACAGCAGCUGUGCUGAAACGCACCGUGGAGGCUCUCAUGGAGAGAGGAGCUGUGGUGAGGAAGCUGGAAAACCUGGGGGAAAGGGCUCUUCCCUACAAGAUCUCCAAGCACUCGGAGCGCCACAGGAGAGGAUGGUAUUUUUUGGUAGACUUGGAGGCCCCCCCUUCGAUUGUCUCGGCCAUGACGGAGCACCUGGGACGGGACAUCGAUGUCAUCAGGCAGGGCUUUGUCAAGCACCCCCUGGCAAAGCCAGAGGAGUGCCCUGGAAUGAUCCCAGUCAGCUAUGAAGACAAACUAAGUGGCAGGAAGAAGUGAAGCUCCCGAAUGUUUGGAACCUUUUUUAAAAAAAUGGGUUAUUCCCGCUUUGGAAAACGGUUUUGGUAACUCAGGUCCCAAAUAAUCCCUUCUGCCCGUGUGAUGUGUGUGGUAGAGUCACUCUCUGGAGUUAUUGCGACAAUUGAGGGGUUCUUUUUGUUGCAAAUAAUUUAAAUAGCCCUUAAUCUCCCUGCUUAUCUGGAUCUUUGACAGCUCUGAAAAUUGAUUUGCUUUUCUCUUGGAGCGUUAAGUUGAUAAUGAAGAUUUAUCCAUCAGCAGGAUGCUAAAAAUAGCAUUCUUUUCCAGAGAUUAUUCAGAAUAUGUGUAUUUACACAAGAGAUUAAGAAGUCUGCGGUGUAAAUAUAGCAGGGGAGGAUGUGAUUUGUUGGGGGCUUUUUUUUUUUCUUUUGGCUUGUUUUUUGGGAGGGGAAUAAAAGCGUGAUUAAAAAUAAAA